AUGCGAGAACCGCUAUAUGACCUAAUUGUGGGAAAUAUAGAAGGCGCAAGAUCUCCGGAGGAUCCGAAAGACGAGACCGAAGAAUCCGCCGGUGGGGCCAAGACCAAACAAGAACCCGUGGCGGCAGCUAUCACCCGCGCCCAGGCGCAGGCACAGUCGAGAGGGUUUUCCCAACUCCAGGUUCCCGGGGCCACGGCAGAGUUACCAGGCGAGGACGGGUACGGGAACGAGCAGAGAAGUGAUGAGACGCUCAAGCAGUGUUUCACAAGGAUCAACCAGAAGCAGACAUGCUCAAAUGAGAAGGGAAGCAUUAAAUUAACACAGAGAGACGGGCUGCUUUAUCGGUGCUACACGGAGAAGAACGGACGGUCAGUGCGUCAGCUUGUCGUGCCUAAGUGCCACCGAGACGCGGUGUUAAAAACGGCACAUGACGGUAUAAUGGCCGGCCACUUGGGCACCCAGAAGACGAAGGAUCGGAUUGCUGAGGAAUUCUAUUGGCCGGGAAUCACGGCCGAUGUGAAAAGGUUUCUCGCUUCUUGCGAUAUUUGCCAGCGCACGGUUCCUAAGGGCAAAGUGCCACGCGUUCCACUUGGAAGGACACCCGUAAUUGAAACCCCGUUCAAGCGGGUGGCUAUCGACAUAGUGGGUCCUAUACAACCACCCUCAAAGCACGGGAACAGGUACAUUCUAACCCGGAUGGAUUAUGCAACCCGCUAUCCGGACGCCGUGGCGCUACCCAGCAUAGAGACAGAACGAGUGGCCGAGGCCUUGGUCGAGAUGUUCUCCCGAUUUGGCGUCCCCAACGAAGUGCUGAGUGAUCGAGGCACGAAUUUCACGUCAGACCUAAUGAAAGGAGUAGCUCGGCUUCUUUCCGUGCGCCAACUCCACACCACCCCGUACCAUUCCAUGGCCAAUGGCAUGGUGGAAAAGUUCAACGGAACUUUGAAGUUGAUGUUGAAGCGCAUGUGCGGAGAAAAGCCGAGGGAUUGGGACCGCUACCUGGAGCCUCUCCUUUUCGCCUACAGGGAAGUCCCCGAGGCCAGCAUGGGCUUUUCGCCUUUUGAAUUAUUAUACGGCCGACAUGUGAGAGGCCCCUUGGCGAUCUUGAAGGAACUGUGGACGAAUACCGAACUCAGCGAUGAAGCAAAGACGACCUAUCAGCAUGUCUUCGACCUUCGGAACCGACUGGAGGAAACUUGCCGGAUAGCACACGAUGAGUUGGAGAAGGCAGGGGCACGAUACGCGAAACUUUACGACCGCAAGGCAAAGGAACGGCAGUUUCACCCUGGAAACAGGGUAUUGAUCUUGCUCCCUACCAACAACAAGCUGCUCCUGCAGUGGAAGGGUCCUUUUGAGGUCAGGGAGAAGAGAGGAGAGGAUGACUAUAUCAUCGAUACGGCCGGCUGGAGGAAAAUAUUCCACGCCAACUUACUAAAAAAGUACGAGGAGAGAGACUCCCGAACAGCCAACGUGUGCAAUGCGACAUUCGGUGUUCUGGAUUCGGGCGACGAUGGGAGUAUUCCUACCCCCGAACUACGGAAAUCAGAAGGCGAGAAGGACGUCAAACUCUCAGACAAACUAAAUGCUGAACAGACCAGACAGGUCCAAAGUGUUGUUGAAAAACACGCACCUAUCUUUUCUGACGUCCCGGGCAAAACCGACUGGGUUUACUGCAAUCUGCAACUAACCACAAACAACCCCGUCCACCUGAAGCAGUAUCCCCUCCCCUUUGCGACGCGCGACAGCGUAGAAAGGGAGGUGCGAGAAAUGGAGAGGCUCGGAAUUGUCGAGAGAUCGGAGUCCCCCUACAAUUCGCCGGUAAUUUUGGUGAAGAAGCCAGAAGGUACGAACCGGCUGUGCAUUGAUUUUCGGCGCCUGAACAAUGUUCUGGUGGCCGACUCCGAACCCAUGACUUGGGCCGACGUGGUCUUCGCGACAGUCGGAGAGAAGAGGUAUUUCUCCAAGCUAGACUUUGUGAAGGCCUACUGGCAAAUGCCAUUAUCGACGGAAUCCAGGACAAAGACGGCCUUCUCGACGACAUCUGGGCUGUAUCAAUUCCGCUUUAUGCCCUUCGGAAUAAAGACAGCCCCUGCUGUGUUUGCGAAAUUAAAUGCGCAAAGUUGCGGACGGUGUACCGUGUGUAGAACACUACUAUGA